CCAGCCCUGGGCACUAGCUUGUGUGUAGGUUUUUUACAUUGUGUCGCGUUCACCUGGGAGUUGGACGGUGCUAUUUUGGCAUGGUGGGCGAGUGUAUCCUGGGGCCACUGGUCACUCAUGUAACUAGAUGUCAUCAUGUCGGUCAUUGUCCAUGAGAAUCGAAAAUCCCGCACUAGCACGGGAUCUAUGAAUAUAUCUUUAUACCACAAACUCAGCCACUCAGAUUGUGUUUUGAACCAUCUAAAUGCUAUGCGAAAACAGCACCUAUUCACCGAUGUGACCCUGUGGGCUGGAAAUCGCACUUUCCCAUGUCAUCGUGUUGUCCUAGCUGCCUGUAGUCAGUACUUUGAGGCCAUGUUUAGCAAUGGCUUGAAAGAGAGCUUAGAUAACGCUGUGAACUUCCACGACAGCAUUCAUCCUGAGGUGCUGGAACUUUUACUAGACUUUGCAUACUCUUCAAAGAUCAUCAUUAACGAGGAAAACGCAGAAUCCCUUUUAGAAGCCGGGGACAUGCUCCAGUUUCAUGAUAUACGUGAUGCUGCAGCGGAGUUCUUAGAAAAAAAUCUUUAUACCUCGAACUGUUUGGGAAUGAUGCUGCUUUCAGAUGCUCAUCAGUGUCGUCGCUUGUAUGAACUCUCUCUGAGGAUGUGCCUAGUCAAUUUUGAAACCAUACAUGACACAGAAGACUUCUACAGCCUCUCAAAGGAAAUGCUUCUUGACUUGAUCUCGAGUGAUGAGCUUGAGAUUGAGGAUGAACAGAUAGUUUUUAAUGCUGUAGUUCAGUGGGUAAAGUAUGACUUGGACAAAAGGAAAAGGCAUUUUCCUGAACUGUUAAAACAUAUUAGACUGGCGUUGUUGACUUCUGAAUCGCUCAAGGAGGCUAUGGCUUGUGAGGACUUGAUAAUGGCAGACGAAAGAAGCAAGUUAAUUAUGGACGAGGCUGUACAUUGCAAGAAAAAGAUUCUUCAGAAUUAUGGAGUAGUGACUAGCCCAUGUGCUAAACCGCGGAGAGCCGGCCAUACCUUGCUGAUCUUGGGUGGACAAACAUUUAUGUGUGAUAAGAUUUACCAAGUUGACCACAAAGCAAAAGAGAUCAUCCCUAAAGCUGAUCUUCCAAGUCCAAGAAAAGAAUUCAGUGCUUGUGCUAUUGGCUGCAAGGUGUAUGUAACUGGGGGAAGGGGUUCUGAAAACGGGGUGUCUAAGGAUGUCUGGGUCUAUGAUACAAUGUAUGAAGAAUGGUCAAAAGCAGCUCCGAUGCUCAUUGCUCGGUUUGGGCAUGGCUCUGCGGAAUUGGAAAACUGUCUCUACGUAGUUGGAGGACACACGGCCGUUGCCGGAAUAUUUCCUGCUUCUCCUUCUGUUUCAUUGAAGCAGGUGGAAAAGUAUGAUCCGUUGCUAAAUAAAUGGACAAUGAUGGCACCACUGAGAGACGGUGUAAGCAACGCAGCUGUGGUCAGUGCCAAGCUGAAGCUGUUUGUUUUUGGGGGCACAAGCAUGCAUCGCGAUAGAGUGUCCAAAGUGCAGUGUUAUGACCCCGUGGAAAACCGGUGGACCAUAAAAGAAGAAUGCCCUCAGCCAUGGCGCUACACUGCGGCUGCAGUUUUGGGCAGUCAGAUCUUUAUUAUGGGAGGUGACACAGAAUUCACGGCUGCCUCUGCGUAUCGCUAUGACUGUGAGACAAACCAAUGGACUAGAAUUGGAGAUAUGACUGCUAAACGUAUGUCAUGUCAUGCUUUGGCGUCUGGCAAUAAACUGUAUGUUGUUGGGGGUUAUUUUGGGACACAAAGGUGCAAAACACUAGACUGUUAUGAUCCAAUAUCCGAUUCCUGGACUAGUAUUACAACAGUGCCUUAUUCUCUAAUACCGACUGCUUUUGUAAGCACUUGGAAACACUUACCAACAUGAAGACACUAGCUUAAGGAAUGAUCACAGCUCGAGC